UGAGCUCAAUAGACCGAUAACAGUGUGUUGUGAUAAGUUUAAUAUGAUGUUUAAAACGGCGGUGUUUGGCUCAAAUAUCAUUAUUAAUAGAAGUGUAAGUCGUUUAGCAUCAAAUGGGUAUCUGCACAACCCCGGUUCCGAGCCGCUGACUUACGCGACCUUCGGCCAAGUUGUUGAGGCCUCCGCUGACCGCUGGCCGGGGCGUGUGGCCGUCCGGUCAAUCUACGAAGACGUCACGCUGACAUAUGAACAACUAUUGAACAAAGCGGACUCUUUAGGAUGUUCUCUAAGGGCUCAAGGCCUAGAGAAAGGGGACAUGGUGGGCAUUUGGUCGCACAACAACUCCCAGUUUAUUGUCACCCUGGUAGGCGCUGCUCGAGCGGGACUUAUAUCGGUAUUGCUCAAUCCUCUCUACGAAAAACCAGAACUAAGUUUUUGCAUAAAAAAAACUGGACUUAAAGCAAUCGUAAUAGGAGAUACGGUUAAAAGAAACUACUUCAAGACCAUAGAAGAAUUAAUACCAGAAGUUCACAAAGAUACGCCUGGAAACAUUGAGUCCAAAACCUUUCCUAGUUUAAAAUCAAUUAUAUCAUGUGACAAAAUGGAAUUGCCUGGCACUUUCUGUUUCGAGUCCCUAUUGACGAAAAAGCAAGACGCCUCACGGUUUUGCAGCCAGGUUGAGCCUGAUGACGGAGCUGUCAUCCAUUUAACAUCAGGAACCACAGGAGACCCCAAAGCUGCAUUGGACGCGCAUUUUGGAUACAUUAACAACAGUUAUUUCAUAGGCAAGAGGCAAAAGUUACACGAGGAACAUCACACAAUUUGUGUCCAGGCACCACUGUUCCACGCCAUGGGUUCAGUAAUCACGACGGGCGCCGCGCUGCGCCACGGCGCCACGCUUGUCCUAGCGGCGCCUAUUUACAACCCCGACAUGAACUUGAAGGCUCUGUUUAAUGAGAAAUGUACGGUACUGAACGGCACGCCGACGAUGUUCGUCGACAUACUGAACUUGGUGAGGAGUGCUGGCGCGAAGUCCAACCUCAGGGUCGCGUUGAAUGGAGGGGCUCCUUGCAGUCCGCAGCUUGUAAAGGAUAUUAAAACGCAUCUUAAUGCUGAUAUGGUUACGAGUUUAUUUGGAUUGUCAGAGACCACAGCAGCUGUGUUCCAAAAUCUACCGGACGACAGCACCGAGCUUGUCGCCAACACCGUUGGUUAUAUCCACGAUCAUGUCGAAGCGAGGGUGGUCGACGAUGAUGGCAAAACCUUACCAUUUGGUAGCCCUGGCGAGCUGAUGGUAAGAGGCUACUGCAACAUGAUUGGUUACUGGGGCGAUCCAAAGAAAACAAGAGACACUCUUAGAGAUGAUGGCUGGCUGCAUACCGGAGACAAGUUCAUCCUGGGCGAAGAUGGGUACGGGCGGAUAGUGGGUCGGCUGAAGGACAUCAUAGUGCGCGGCGGGGAGAACAUCGCGCCCAAGGAGAUCGAGGACCAGCUCAACACGCACCCCGACAUCGUCGAGAGCCAAGUGGUAGGCGUCUCCGAUGAAAGGCUGGGCGAGGAGCUGUGCGCCGUAGUGCGCGUGCGCGCCGGCGCCACGUUCAGCGCGGACGACCUGCGCCGGCACCUCGACGGCCGCCUCGCCAAGUUCAAGAUACCGCGCCUGCUGAGGGUCGCCGACCAAUACCCCAAGACCAACUCCGGGAAAAUACAGAAGUUUAAGAUUCGGGACUUGAUUGAGUCGGGGAAGCUCUAAGCUGAUUUG